AUGCUGCUCUCGCGUGUUGCCUUGUUCAAAGCGUCGCCCGCAGCGGCCACCGCGGCCUCCACCACUGCCGCCGCAGCCAUGGUGUCUGUCGCAUUGAGUGCCGGUGCCAGCAGCCGCGCGGCGUUGCGAGGCGGCGAUGCAGCAGCAGCAGCAGCGACCUCGGACGACGCCAAUGCAGCUCCAGCCACCGCCGCCGCCUCAGAGUCUGGCCUGCGCCUGGCCGAUGCUCGCGCGGCUGCCAAACUACGGCGUCGGGAUGCGCUUUGUGCGGUCGCAUUGGGACCACGAUGCUGCAGUCAACGGUUGUACGGCCGAGGAGAGCUUGCCGCUCAGUCCGUCAAGCACACUUUGGCGUCAAAAGAGGAGGCGCGCAUUCCUCGCGCAGCCACAAACGACUGGCUCGUCCAACGGCACGAGUCCAAAGCUGUGAUUCUCAAGUCUGGUCGCUAUUCGUUUGCUCAGGACCACUUGCGGGAUGUCGCUGCACCCACACCAGUGCCAGCGCCGUUCAACGCUCGCGAUCUCGCCCGUUCGAUUGUCCAAUCCAACCGACAAAUCAACCUUUCGCAGCUCCAACCAGCAGCCGCCGCUGCCGCCUCUGGCAAAAAGUAA